AUGGAGCCUGUUGACGCCGAACGCGCGCGACAGCUGUCGCUCUUUCGGCCACUAGGUACGUCCCACUUAUCUUGCUCUAGCCACCCACUAAACAUGCCACAGGAUACCAGCGAGGCAAAUGCGGCUAUUGCCAUUCAGACGAAGGAAGUCAGUAUAUUUGCCUCUUCUUUUGCAACCUUUUUUACUGACACGUCAUGGCCAGGCGCAUCUUACUACACCAGCUCUGUUGUGGUGCAACCCGAGCACUAUGAGGAGUUGAUCAAUCGAGGCUGGAGACGAUCUGGUUCGCUUUAUUACAAGCAGAACCUGCAACGUUCCUGUUGCCCCCAGUACACACUGAGACUCGAGGCGUCUGCUUUUCAUGCCACUCGCGAUCAGCGCAAGGCUACCAACCACUGGAAUACCUUCGUUCUGGGAGAUGAGUAUAUCAGCAAAGUCUCGCAACUUUCUCGUCUUUCUCACGAAGAAAACAAACACAGAAAGAAUAACUUUGAUCUGCUGACCAGAGUGCACGAAGCAGAGUACGGCAAUUUGAAGCACCCAGUUGAUCCUGUCACCAAACGUCCGCUGGAGCCGGCUCAUCGUUUCGAGGUCAACAUUGAAGGUGACACGAUCUCACAGGCAAAAUAUGACCUGUUUGUCAAGUACCAGACCACCAUUCAUCGAGAGGAUCUUUCACGAUGGAGGAGUAAGGACUUUGAGAAGUUCUUGUGCGCCGGCAUUAAAAGAUCUCCGGCUACCAUUAACAGGUCGAAUGACUUGGAGAAGAAGCUGGGGUCAUGGCACCAGUGCUACCGUCUUGACGGAAGGCUGAUUGCAGUCGCUGUCUUGGAUUUGCUACCAAGCGGUAUCAGCUCCGUCUAUUUCUUCUAUGACCCUGAUUACGACAAGUGGGAGCUCGGAAAGCUCAGUGCUUUGCGUGAGAUUGCCUUCUCACACGAGCAUGGGUAUACCUACUAUUACAUGGGAUACUAUAUUCAUAACUGCCAGAAGAUGCGCUACAAGGCCAAUUUCCGACCUCAGUACAUCCUUGACCCCGAGACCUACACUUGGGACCCAUUGGAUGGCGAGUUCCGCGAAAAACUAGAUACGCGUGACUAUGUUUCGCUAUCAAAAGAUCGAUCUUCCACCAACAUCGAGAAGUCAACUCCAGAUUCAGCCAUUGACCCUGCUAAGGAAAAGAACCUUUCACUCUUCACCAUCAAAAUGCCAGGUGUCCUAACUAUGGACGAAGUGACAGCCUUGAACCUGGACACUUGGCAUUUGCUUUUCCAUGGAACCUUUGUGGAGAUGUCUGAUCUUGUUGGUUGGGAGACUAUGGCUAUGGAUAAUCCACAAUCCAUCAAGGGAAUUGUUUCUGAGUUGGCUGCGUGUCUUGGGCCGAUCAUUGUCCAAAACAGUGCGGUGGUACUCUUUGACUGA